AUGGCCAUUGCACAAAGACUUCUCAUCACUAUGUCCUGUGAAGCCAGCGUUCACUGGACGUUGCCUGCUUUUGUUCUCUUGGGUUUUCUGGCUGGGAUUGUUUCAUCGUAUCCAGUUGUAAGCAGAACUAAUGGCACAUUGCUGGAGAGAGGAUGGGAGUCUCUGUUGUCCAGGUCCAUUGCUGGGAUGUCAGGAGAGAAAUCAGAUGUGAACUGGGAGAGUGACUAUUUGCUAGGAAUCAAGAGGCAGCGGAGGCUUUACUGCAAUGUGGGCAUCGGGUUUCACCUUCAAAUCCUCCCAGAUGGAAGGAUAAGCGGUGUUCAUAAUGAAAACCAAUACAGUCUUUUAGAAAUAUCAACUGUGGAGCGAGGUGUUGUUAGCCUGUUUGGGGUGAAAAGUGCUCUCUUUGUAGCAAUGAACAACAAAGGGAGGUUAUAUGGAACGGCAAUUUUUCAAGAUGAAUGCAAAUUCAGAGAAACCCUGCUGCCCAAUAACUACAAUGCAUAUGAAUCUAGUGCUUACCAAGGGGGUUACAUAGCGCUCAGCAAACACGGGAGAGUGAAAAAAGGAAACAAAGUCUCUCCUGCGAUGACAGUGACACAUUUUUUGCCCAGAAUAUGAAAACAAAUACAACAUAUUAAACCACAGAAAAAAAAUAUCUAUUUCAUUUUGCACAUGUGAAUAAUCUCCCAGGUAAAGUAUUUAUGCUGUUUGUAGAUAUAUGUAUAUUUGGAUAGAUAAGUUUGUAUUAGAUCCAUUACACAGUAUAUGCUGCUUCUCUUAUACUCAGUGUACACAAAUUCUAUCUGGGUGCACACACCUGAACUGGUGCUGUACAGAAAAAAAAUGCAACCCUGACUGAAGGGCAACAAGUAUCUGGAACUUGUAAAGCAGCCACAGAUACUUUUUGUUGGUGUUGUUUGAUUUUAAUUACCUCACAUAGUAGCCUUUUGAUUGAGAGUUUUUAUUAAUACAUAUAAUGGGCCAAAUCCUCAGCAGGAUGGACUUCAAUGGAGCUACACCAGUUUAC